CACAUUUGCCAUAUUGCAACUUCGUCUGGUCGGCACUUCAAAAAAACUUCGUCUGGUCGGUAGAGCACAGGUCGACGGAUAAUCCCGGAUAAGCCGCAAGGAACACCAAUGGCGCCGCCGUCCCUCUUCCUCCUCCUGCUGCCGCUCCUCGCCGUGGCGGCCGAGGCCGUCCCUCACACGCUGACGCAGCCGUCCAACUCCAACCCCGCGGCAGCAGGCGGCGGUGCUCCCCCGACCCCGACGCCGUGGCCGGAGCAGUUCCACGCGGUGAUGUUCACCAACCUGACCGAGAGCGGCGGCCGCCUGCAGCUCAUCGACCUCUACUACGACUGGCCCCGCGGCCGUAACCUGAACCUCAUCCGCAGCCAGCUCUCCGGCGACCCGACCUACGACGUGGAGUGGACCAACGGCACCUCCUACAUCUUCGACUCCGCGUCCUGCCGCACCAUACGGUUACCCGUCGGCGUCCUGCCCCCGGACUGGCUCCACGGCGCCGUCUACCUCGGCCGCGAGACCACCGACGGCUUCGACUGCCACCUCUGGACCAAGGUCGAUUUCGUCUGGUACUACGAGGACGUCCUCACCCACCGCCCCGUCCGCUGGAACUUCUUCAAUGGGAUGCAGCAGCAUGUGAUGAGCUUCGAGGUGGGAGGGGUGCUAGAGGACUCCCAGUGGCAGGCACCCUCGCACUGCUUCGCUGACGACGACGCCGCCGCCGCCACCGGAACCGAUGCGACGAGCAGCCUCCUCAGGUUCGCACGGACGCCUGCAGCGGCUGUAACAUCUGCAGCUUAAAAAGUAGAGUUGGAUUCACACCGGUGGUCUUUCCAUUUCAUGCUACUCUUGUAUUGUGUAACAAAUCAAGCGUGGAGCUGGUUUCCAUGAUGGUUGCAUGGUAACAAUAUCAAAAUAUUUUUCAAAAUUGAAGUCUUAUUUUAUGAAAAA